CGACUUCCGCUGCUGUGUCUAUCCACACAGUAGUACAUCAAUAUUUGGUCUUCUCUUAUCUCUGUUGCUCGUCGUAACAUUUAAUUGGCGCCUCAAAGGUGACCCAACCAAAAGGAGCUUUAGGUACAUCCAGUAUCCAGCCUCUAAUGAAACAGAAGUAUCCGUCCGGCCGGCCCUUUUGUUUCCAGCUCAAACCCCCUCUCUCAUCCAGCCCUGUUGGUCCCGGCACAACGUUCAACAUUGGGACGUUUUAUUGAUGCUGCGGUCGGAAAGUUAUACUGUUGCCGUGGUGACCUUCCCGAGAACUUAACCGUUCCCCGCCCAGGACCCGGGUCAUCAAGGGGUCCGAAGGAACAUGUUCUAGAAGCUCCCGGUCUGUCCUCUACAGUUCUGGGCUUUGAUCGUGGAAGAUGAGCAAUGAUGAUGAGUUCUAUGAUGCCGUAACAGGCCUGGACUCAGACGAGUCCUCUGAGAGCAUGUCGGAGGCCAGCUUCAAGGAGGCCACGGGGAUGGACUACGGCAGCCAGACCAAGAAUGGCUCCAUCAGGAGGGAGAACGGCACUAAGAAGCACCGGACGGCGUUGCCGGCUCCCAUGUUCCCCAGAAACUCUGUUAGUAUCUGGGGCAUUCUGAAGAAGUGUAUUGGAUUGGAACUGUCCAAGAUCACCAUGCCUAUCGCCUUCAACGAACCUCUCAGCUUCCUGCAGAGGAUCUCAGAGUACAUGGAGCACACGUACCUGCUCAACAAAGCCUGCACACUGCCCGACUCCAUACAGCGCAUGCAGGCGGUAGCUGCCUUUGCGGUGUCAGCAGUCGCCUCUCAGUGGGACAGAACAGGGAAACCCUUUAACCCUCUCCUGGGAGAGACCUACGAACUGACCAGAGAGGACCAGGGGUACCGGCUGGUGUCGGAGCAGGUGUCCCACCACCCCCCGGUCAGUGCCUUCCACGCGGAGAGCUUGGCCGGGGACUUUGUCUUUCACGGCUCCAUCUACCCCAAGCUCAAGUUCUGGGGCAAGAGUGUGGAGGCGGAGCCCAAAGGAACAAUAACAAUGGAACUGCUCAAGUUCAACGAGGCCUACACGUGGAGCAACCCCUUCUGCUGCGUUCACAACAUCAUUCUGGGGUCCCUCUGGAUCGAACAGUACGGCACCGUGGAAAUCAUCAACCACAGCACGGGCGACAAGUGUGUGCUGAACUUCAAGCCCUGUGGGAUGUUUGGGAAGGAGCUCCAUCGGGUGGAGGGCUACAUCCAGGACAAGAGUAAACGGAAGCACUGUGUGAUCUACGGGAAGUGGACGGAGUGCAUGUGGAGUGUGGAUCCUCAAACCUUUGAGAAUCACAGGAAGAACGAGAAGAAAGGAGAGAGCAGAAAGCACAGACCGGAGGAGGAGAGGAAGGAGAACGACGACUCAGACGACAUGCCAGAGUCGCAGGACACCGUCUCCGUCAUACCAGGGAGCACCUUGCUGUGGCGCAUCGCCUCCAGACCCACACACUCCACCACGAUGUACAACUUCACCAGCUUCGCCAUGUCUCUGAACGAGAUGGAGCCGGGCAUGGAGGCCACGCUGCCCCCCACGGACGGCCGCCUGCGGCCGGACAUCAGGGCCAUGGAGAACGGCUUGAUGGACGAGGCCAGUCGGGAGAAGGAGCGGCUGGAGCAGAAGCAGAGGGAGUCCAGGAAGGAGAGAGCCAAGAGCCAAGAGGAAUGGUCCACGAGGUGGUUCCAGCAGGGUAACAAUCCCUUCACCGGCUCCCCGGAUUGGCUGUACACGGGCGGGUACUUCAACAGGAACUACGCGACUCUGCCCAACAUCUACUGAAGCUCUUCUCUCCCCCCCCCCCCAUCCUUAUCCUCCUCCUCUUCGUCAGCCGAUCCCUCUCAGGAUCAAUGGCGGCUCUAUCUCCUUGAUCAUUAUCAUCUUCAUCAUCGCCAUGGUUUUGAUCGUCAGUUGCACAGUGAUAAGCCCUGCAUGAAGACAGUGUGAAGUCUUUGACCAACCAUCUUCCUCUGUCUGAACGGGCUGCACUAGAAGGAAAGGGAAGACUUUAGUCUUUCACCACAAGACUCCCCGGCUCUCACCUCUUUCUUCUCUGGACUGUAGCACCAGAACCAUAACACUCACCAACUCCUCUUCCUUACUUGAUGCCUGCAAGCCAACACAGACAAUUCAAUCCACACAUUCCAACUCCAUCACCGCUGUGCAUCACAGUGUGGUGUGUUGGGGCCAUCACGAUCCCUGGUGUCUCUGAACCAGCCCCCCUCUUGUAAUGUGACCUGUCAUUUGAGAAUGAGCAGCAACCUCUAGUGGUGAAGGAGGGUCAGAGAGGUGGACGCGUGCAUCGAUAUCCCAUUAAAUCAAUCCCCAGGUAGAUAUAACGAAGGCAGAAUGAGAGGGAUGAAAAAAAAAAUGGUACUAAUUAAGAUAUUGAAUCUAUUUACUUAUAAGACGCUGUACACUGCAGAAAGUAGCCCCAUGCUUGUGGUUUAGCAGCAAGGCAUCACAUGCAAACCAAAUGCUUAAUGAGCUGGAUACUAUACAUACAGGUCUAUAUAGGUCUUCCUAAGAAAGGUUAAGUGGCCCUGAAAUGCACUGAUCACAAGCAGUAUUCAAUGUAACAGGAGAUGGCUCAACCAGUCUCCAUGGCAAAACUGGAGAAUCUGAUUUCUAAGAGACUGAUAAGUAAAAAGGAUAUUAUUUAGUGAUCAAGGUUUAGGUCUGAACGCUAUGGAUGGCAUGAUGCCUGUUAAGUAUGCAUGGAUAGUAAGAGCGGCUUUACACUGUGUGUUUCAGGUCAACUUCAGAAUGUACACUCCCAAUAUAAACUUAAAGGCAUACUUAUUAUUAUGCAGCCACUGCUCCAUAAUGUUCAGGUAGCAUAAGUUGAUUUCAUUCUCUAUUUCAUACAACUACUAUUCUGAACGUCAACCAUCAGAUUACUGUCAAUAGUAAAUUAUAUUCAUAAUAUACCUAUAUGAUAUAGAUAUGACACAUUCCUAUUUUUCUACAAAUCUAAAUCGUAUAUGAAGUUUCCCCGAGGCGAAGCAUCAUCGCAGCCUUCAUGAAGAUGGCCUUUUGUAGCGUGAGAUGACCAUUGACUUCUUCCUAGUGCACUCCUCAUCAAACCCUCCCUCACACUUAUCGAUUCAAUGCCAGGACCACACUACUGUUCAUCUGUUGAGUGAAUGUGUAGUUGUGUGUACGCGUGUGUCAGUAAAUGGUUGGAACAUUAAGAGACACUACAUCCACAAUCCUACUGCAUAGAAAGCAAAGUGGAUUUAAAUCAAAUCCACAUCUUGCACCUUUUUGUUUUACCAGAGGCAUGUGGACUGAGACACAGGUGGCCUUGCCUUUUUGAGUGUGUUUCAAAUGUAGCAUACUUUGUUCAUUUCUUUGACUUGCCUUGGGUUUAUGUCAAACAAUAAUCAUAUUUCCCAUUGUAUGACUUUAUUUCCAGUAUAUAUUGUUUUGGACUUUGUUUUUUUCAGGUCUUUAACAUGAUCAAAUGUUCAGAUUUACUGAUAACAGACAGAAUGUAACUACUUCUCCAAACUAUGCCACCGCCCCUUCUCCUAAGAACUGAGACUAGAAAGUGUUACAAGGCACUGGUCCAUUUUCUAAAGCCUAAUUCCUUUUUAACAAAAUUGGCAUGAGAAGUAUUUGCUCGCUUUGCGGUUCAAAGAUAACUGAACAGAUGAUACAAAUAAAUAUUAUUACUAGUAUUACUUCUUCAGUCCGUUGUUGCAUACGCUGCAGUCUAAUAACUCAAAGUCCUAUUGUGACUGUGGUCUUUCUAGCCCUGGUAAUUGCUCCUUUCCAAAAACAUGUUACUAUAUUAUUAAUAAUACUAUAAUCCCAUUUAACACACACUACAUGGUUUUAUGUUUCUUCUGCGGCCAUUUUUCUCUAAACUGUAUUUCAAAGAUUAGUUAAAUUUUGGAGUUUCAUGACUUGAUGUUAUACAUGUAUUGCAGAGAGGUAAACACAAAAUGGCAUUCUGUGCAAUUGAUUUUUAUAUAGUAUUUAAACAGUUUUUGGUGAAAGCAAAAUGAAAUAACUUUGUUUUAAGGUGGGGGGAAGUUAAGGGGUAACCUUAGAUGGUAAAUAGAUUAAUUAAUAAUAUAUGGGGGGAAAUGUCUUAAUAAAAUGCUAAUUUCAGUUUUGAUAUACA